AGGCGGCUGAGCCUGGGGAUCCUCUGCGGAGUGUGAAAGUGACAGCUGGGCAGAGGGGAGUCCCGGAGGAGUACACCGCCCCUCCUGCACAGCCCCAGGCGGCAGCCCGGGCCCCUGCACGAUCCCGCAGGGUUCGGAUCCUGCCCAGCCCCAGGCGCAGCACCCAACCUUUCCUCCCGGGCCCCCGUCUUCUGCCGCCGCGGGGCCCCCGCCGCCCCAGGGAGCCCCUCUGCCCCCGUGCCCUAUGGAUUGCAGCCGUCCCGUGGGAGGAGGAGCCAUGCCCUGUGGGGGCCCGGGGCCCUGCCAUCGGCUGCGCCGGGCAGCGCUGGAGUAACCCCGAGCCUCGGAUCGGCGGAGGGAGCGAGGGACGCCCGGGAUCCGGCCUGCCGCGCUGGCGGGAGGGCGGCUCUGCCCCUCACCUAACCCUGCUCCGGCGGGGCGCUGCCCGGCACCAUGGACAGUAUCCUGGAGCCCUUCCACUCCGAGCGCCUCUUCCCCGGGGGCGGCUCCGGCUUCCUGGACCUGGGCGACCUGAACGAAGCGGAUUUCCUCAGCAAUGUGCAUUUCUCCGAGAAUCUGGAUCAUUUCUCUGAGAACAUGGAGGAUUUCUCCAAUGAACUCUUCAGCAGUUUCUUUGAUGAUCCAAUGUUGGCUGAAAAGAACCCUUUACUGGACAUGGACUUGGACCCUCCUACUCCUGGCAUCCAGGCAGAGCACAGCUACUCGCUCAGUGGAGAUUCUGCUCCCCAGAGCCCCCUCAUGCCUAUCAAGACUGAAGAUAAUGCCAAUGAUCUGGAGAGCGGAGUGUGGUCCCUUGGGCACAAGCUAUGCUCCAUUAUGGUGAAGCAGGAACAGAACCUGGCUCCAGAACUUCCUGAAUCCCAGCUUGCAGCCAGCUUAGUGCCAGCCCUGAACCUGAACCCACUGCAGAGACUGCCGGCACCUGAGGAGGCUCCAGUAGAAAUGACUCCAGCACCUGUGAUCAAAGCUGAGCCUAAAGAAGUGAACCAGUUUCUAAAUGUACCAGCAGAUGACCUGGUGCAGAUGCCUCCAACGCCUCCCAGCAGCCAUGGCAGUGAUAGUGAUGGAUCCCAGAGUCCACGGUCCCUGCCUCCCUCCAGCCCAGCCCGGCCAGCUGCUCGCUCUUCCAGUGCAAUCUCCACCUCGCCUCUCCUCACAGCGCCACAUAAGUUACAAGGGACAUCAGGCCCCCUGCUCUUGACCGAGGAGGAGAAACGCACCCUGAUUGCCGAGGGCUACCCCAUACCUACCAAGCUGCCCCUCACCAAAGCAGAGGAGAAAGCACUGAAGAGGGUCAGGAGGAAAAUCAAGAAUAAGAUCUCUGCUCAGGAGAGUCGCAGGAAGAAGAAGGAAUAUGUAGAGUGUCUAGAGAAAAAAGUUGAGACUUUCACAUCUGAAAACAAUGAACUGUGGAAAAAAGUGGAGACCUUAGAAAAUGCAAACAGAACUCUGCUCCAGCAGUUACAGAAGCUCCAGGCCCUAGUGGCUGGGAAGGUCUCCAGACCAUAUAAAAUGGCUUCCACACAGACCGGAACCUGCCUAAUGGUACUGGUGCUGUGCUUUGUUCUGGUCCUGGGAUCCAUGAUGCCAUGUCUCCCAGAAUUCUCCUCCACAUCACAGACAGUGAAAGCAGCUCCAGCACCAGACAUUUAUACAACCAGUAAAAUUCAGUCCCGGAGCCUCCUGUUCUAUGACGAGGGUGCUGGCUCCUUAGAGGAGGGCUACAGCUCCUUCCUCCCUGUGGAGCAUCCUGUGGGCAGGGACACUGAUGAAGGGCAAUCUGAGGAGAGGAGGCCUCAGGAGCGCAUACUGGACCACCUGGCCAGGGCCCAUGAGACAGCCAAGUACCUGAGCAAAUCCCAGCUGAGGGGCCCGGACCAGAACCAAACUGACCCAACUCUGACUCACCUCAAAGAGCAGAUCCAGGAGAGGGAGGAACGCUCCAGGGAUGCAGCUGAAUCUUUGUAGCAGUUGCUGAACCUCAAGGCCUCAUCCCUCUGGAUGCAGACUCCCCUCCUCGCUGAGUGAUUGAGGGGACUUGGUGGGAGAGGACACUGCAUUCAGACACUCCCAUGCUGGUCUUGAGUUCAGCCUGUCACUUCCGCACAGCCCAUGUUAGUGCUGAUCUCUCGGAUGGGAUUCACAGUGACUGCCAGAACCACAGAUUGUGUCUGCCCAAGCCCUUCUCUCCUCCCCUUGUGAGCAUUGCCUCACCAGUGUGUGUUCACCCUGUUGCUGGGCUGGAGGAGGAGGAGAUCUGUACGUGACCCCAGAGGUAUCCAACUCAUUCCCAAAAGCCUCCAGAUUCAGGGGACAGUGCCCAAUUCUAUACCCCUUGCUCAUGUCAGAUGCACCUGAAGAAAAGAGAGCUACGUUUAUUGCCUAGCUGAGAAGCUAUUGGCAUGGUAACUUUGGGGUUAGUCUCCUAGAGAAUUUGGGAGUGAGAUAAUUUCCUCCUCUCACUCCAUGGUUAAUAUGCUUCUGCCUCAGCUGAGAGAAGACCUUCCUUGAUUUAGUUGUCUCUUGAUGGAUUGCCCAUGUAACUUCCAUUCUGAUCAUCUGCAGAGAUCAGCGCACAGAUUUUGUGGGGAAGACCCCAGACUCUGAUAAAUGGACUUAAAAUUCAGUCCACAGCUCCUGGGAAAUCAGAGCUCCCUAAGACAGAGCAUGAUCCUCCCUCCCCACUCCCCACAGACCCUUCCUUAUGGAACAAAGUUCUCCGUCGUGUGUUGGUGAUGCCCCAGUACCCACAAAAAAUGGAAUAAAUGAGGGUCACCAAAGAGAGCUGUGGGUCUCCACUCUCUAGAUGCUGGCACCAAAAUUACCAAGCUCUUCACCCCUUUAACUCCAGACUUGCUGAAUCUGGUGUUGAAAUUGUCUCAUCUCUAGCUCUGGGUCAGAGGCCUCACUCCAACCCAGGGAGGUUCCCCCCUCCCCACAAAAUCUCCCUGUAGCUCCCAGUUGCUAGUUUUGGUCCCUUUGCCCUACCUGGAAAGGCCCUGCUGGAAGAGUUGCAUGUUUCCUUGCUCCUCUUCCUUCAGCUGCCCCUUGUUAAAGGAACUGUUCCAGGCCCAGUGCCUGGAGCCAUCCCUUAGACCACACCUGGUCUGGGUUGCCCUACUUUUGUAAAGAGGAGUUACCAUGUCCUUGCCCAGUCUCACUCUCCUCCAGACACUUCUUUGGCUCAUUUUUCACAACCUCCCCCAAAAUAAUAAUAAAAAGAAGUCCCCUCUCAACACCUUGCUGCUGCCCUUCUCUUCUCCUCUGUCCACCUCCUCCUCCACCCUGAGACUGCAAAUAGGAGGUGACUCCCAGAGGAAGAGGGAUGGGAAGGCUCUCGCUGACUUGUGGACUUCAAGUCAAGGAACAGGAUGGGGCAGGAGGGCUGCCCUCACUUCCCUCUCUUCUCCUUUUUGUUUUGUUUGUCUCUUGGAGCCACUUGGGACAGACCUGGACACAGCAAACCCCAGCCAUGAUUCCACAUGCACUCUGCCAUGGGCAUUGGAAGAGGAAGAUCCUUCAGAACAACUCUGCUCCAGUCAAGGUCCACCUAGGACCCACUCACCAGACACCACUGCACCUCCCUUCCUUGUGCCCCACUCCACAGUACAGAACCACUGUCAGGUCUGAGUAUACACUCUUCCCCCACAUCUCCUUACCCAAUAAUUCCACUAUGCAUCGCCCACAUGGGCCUCCCAUUCACACCGUUGUACAGAGACCAAGAGCAGAAAUUGUUUGUACAUAAUGAACCUUAUUUUGUAUUAUUGGCUACCCCUUAAGAUAUUGUAUUUUGGAGACUCUCUGAUCUUAUUUUCAGUAUUGUAUUUUAUUAAGAGUUAGUGCGGGCUUGGCCUUUAUGAAUUUCCUCCCUUUUGGGGACUCUUUUUUCCCCAUAUAGCCCAGCAGCUGCCUUUUCCUUUUUUUUUUUUAAUCACUUUUUUCCUCCUGUCACUUGCUCUGCUUUUGCUUUAGAGAAGCAAAAUUAAAAAAAAGAUGCAGCAUCA